AACAUCAGUGCUACCAGCAACCCUAUUACAUGCAGACCUUUUUUUAAUUCACUUGGUACACAUGGCGGUUUUUUAAAGGAAUGCUUUAAUGCACGGGAGAACUACAAAAGUGCUGAUAAUGAGUCUGUUAUUAAAUCUGAAGAGAUUAAAAUAAAACUGGAAGAUGAUCAGGACGGGCAAGAGAAAUAUGAAAGUGUUGAAAUGCCGGUUUAUAUCAAAUUUGAGGAAAUUGAAAUAAAGAGAGAAGAUGAUCGGGAUGGUGUUCCUUCUUCGUAUGACUUAGACGCUGAGACAAUUGAAAGCAAGAAAAGACGCAUUUCAGAAGAUGGAGGAGUAAUAAAAGAAGAAUAUAAACGCAAUGUCUAUGUAACACACAAGGACCCUUCUGAAAUCGAAAUGUAUAAGUGUAAUACAUGCACCUAUGAAGCUAAAGAUAAGAACACAAGGCGCCUUAAGAAAUGCAAAUGUACAAGUGUGAUAUGUGUAGUUAUGAAACUAAAGGGAAGUGUCAUCUGA